CCUCCGCUCCCUCCAAGGGAACCGAUUGUUCCGAGAUCUCCAACACCAAGCUACUCUCUAUUACCGGCGACCGCAGAUUGUUGUUCUUCCUCGUACUCCUCGGGGGAUUCGCGAUCCCGCAAUGCAGGCCUCUCUACGGCCUCAAAAUCUGCUCCAGGUUCUCUUCCUAUGGGGAAGAGGAAGCUCCUCCUAGUCUACAUUCAUGACUUCGUAGGCAACGAAAGCAACUUCCAGAGUUUCCCUGUCUACCUUCACCACUUGCUGUCCGUUGCUUUGCGAUCUCUAGGGGGGGGCGUCCAUUCAAAAGGUUAUCUACAACCCAAGGCUAAGAAUAACAUUUCCAUCGCGACAGCGAGGUUUUCCAAAUGGCUCGCGUGAUUCGAGAAUCUGGCAUGGAUUUGGUAUUGUUUGAACAUUCCAUGGGGGGAUUCCGGCGGCGGAGGUGGUGUUGCAGCUCGGCGGGGGACUUGGGCAUAGGAUAUUGCGAGUCCCCACGUUCGAUUCUCAAUUUCAGGGGAUGUAUUCGGGGGUUAUAUCCGCUGGGUUGGGGAGUCUGGUUCGGUCGGAGGAAAGGGGUCCU